AUGGAGGGGCUGUACCACCAGACCAACAAGCAGGUCCAUGAGGUGCAGGCUUACAUGGGGCACCUGGAGACAGCAGACAAGGACUCAGUGCACUUAGUGGAAAACGAGGUCCAGGCCAGAAUAGACAACAUCUUCAGCAGCCUGGAGCGGCUGGAGAUCCUCUCCAGCAAAGAGCCUCCCAACAGGCGCCAGAAUGCUAAGCUGCGCCUGGAGCAGCUCAAGUACGACGUGCAGCACCUGCAGAGUGCCCUGCGCAGCUUCCGCCAGCGGCGCCAGGCCCGCGAGCAGCAGGAGCGGCAGCGCCAGGAGCUGCUGGCCAGGACCUUCGCCCCCAACGACUCUGCCACCUCCAUCCCGAUCGACGAGAGCCUGCAGCUCACUGAGUCCCUGCAGAGUGCCCACCGAGGCAUGGAUGAGCUCAUUGGCAGUGGCACCAGCAUCCUGCAGGGCCUGAGGGACCAGAGAGUCACACUGAAGGGCACACAGAAGAAGCUGCUGGACGUGGCCAACAUGCUGGGGCUGUCCAACACAGUGAUGAGGCUGAUCGAGAAGAGAGCCUUCCAGGACAAGUACUUCAUGGCUGGGGGCAUGCUGCUCACCUGCCUCCUCAUGUGCCUCAUCCUGCACUACCUGACUUGAGCUGCCAGGCUGCCCCCAGGGCAAG